CAGGUUGCCCGAGAGGACCAAUUCUACACCCCAAAACCUAAGUCAGUUAGGUGCCUCGGGUAACAUGACAAUCGAUGAAGAAUUUCUCACCAAAACUCCAAGAAAAACCAUUAUGGAGCUAAAAGACUCAAAAGAGAAAAUACUAUGUGUUGUACUCGCUACUAUCAAUGUCGUGAUUGAUCAAGAGGAUUGGUGGUACACUGCAUGUUCAUGUGGCAAAGCUGUUUAUCCAGAUUCAAAAAUGUAUUUCUGUGAAAAGUGCAACAGGCAUAUUAUGAAUGUCAUCCCAAGAAUGCUGGCGGGUUAGCAACUCCUCCUGAUAUAAUGGCCUUG